AUGACUACUGACGCUCAGGAGUUAGCAGGAGUUGGGGCACAGGGCCCAACUCCUGCCAAGUUCUCACGAUACCGCUCCGUGAGGAAAGCAGCGUCGACCAAUGCGCAGGUAAUGGCUCCGUUGAACACCGCUAUCCCGCCAGUGCCUACCCGCCAGAGCACGCCGGCGACUGCGUCGCAAGAACAUACCGAGAUUGCAAGUGCCCAGCCUGCCAGUAUAAAAAAGAGCAUGUCGCGUUACCGUCGUCAAAAGCCUCCAACGCCCAGUUCAACUGACGCCGUUCCCCUUCCAAUGACCGCUGAACACGGCGGCCCCCGAACACAACAUGCGACAGCUGUUUACGAUGACUAUCCUUCUCGGCACCCUCACCAAUAUCCCCAACGAAUGGAGGCUACGAAGCCGCGGAGUAAGUUCACGGAUGCGGUGCGACUAGAUACACGCGGAAACGGAUUUUUUGGAGGGAAUGGCAGUGCUUCUAGCGACGCAGAGCUUGAUGAGCGGGAAAGGGAUAGACAAGCGGCCAUGGCGAAAUUGACGGGUGGCUGUGUUGAAUCGCCCGCCACUCCUUUAGCUCACCAAAGACCAGCCACACGGGGAAGAGCGGCCACGGACCGCGAAGUUAAUCAAGGGUCUAAUAAUCUGAAUCAUUAUGACAGCGCUGAAAGCCGACGCCAUUCACAUCAUGAACCGAAGCGGAAAUCAUUCAGGGACGCAAUGAAGUUUCCGCGCGCAAAGGACAAAACAAGAAACGGCUCUCCUGCUAAGGGCGGAGGCGAAUCAACUGCUCCUGGACAAUUCCCUGGGAUCGAUGCACCUGUCUCAGCAGUCAAUGCUGGUGAACGGAGAGUACUGGUGCAGUACAAAAAAGAUAACCUGAAGCUCAGUGUCAGCCCGUCAACCUCAGCCUAUGACAUAUUAGUAUCUGCCUCCGGAAGGAUAUCAGAGAUUGAUCCUCCUCGGUUCAUUCUCAUGGAAUCCUUUACUGCACAGGGUUUGGAGCGCCCUUUGCGGCAGUACGAGUGUAUUCGAGAAGUCAUGAAUUCAUGGGCGCACGAUGCGGAAAAUACUUUAAUCAUCGUCCCAGCUCCGAGUGUCCAUGCACUUGACUUUCUCGCUGCUCAGAACGUGCCGAAAGACCCGCCAAUGGAUGCCACUUUCCACAUUUACUACUCCCAAAAACCACGGAAGUGGGACAAACGCUACGUGACAAUUCGAUCAGACGGACAAAUUGUGUCGUCAAAGAAGGAGAUGGCGAAAGAGCAGACCAAUGUCUGUCAUCUCUCAGAUUUUGAUAUUUACUCGCCAAAAUCAAGCUUCCUGGCUCAAAAAGUAAAGCCGCCAAAGAAAAUUUGCUACGCUGUUAAGAGCCAGCAGAAAGCGAGUAUGUUCCUCACAACUGAGAACUUUAUUCAUUUCUUUUCGACCAAUGACAAAACAAUUGCGGAUGGCUGGUAUAAAGCUGUCCAAAAUUGGCGCAGUUGGUACCUGGUCAACAAACUAGGCGCUGGCCAGAUUGAGAACAACGCUGAACCGGCGCAAACUGAGCCAGCGCAGUUUCGGUCAAUUCAGCCACUUCUAGCAUCCAUUGACACUGCUGAGCAAGAGACAUCUACUGAGCGUCCCCAAGCGCGGCAAACGUCCUUACGAAGGGGACCAUCCCGCGAGCACGGCCCACCCCUGUCGUCCCUCCCCAAGUCACUUACAAGCACAACAGAAACAGAAACAUCCACUACACAGACACAGUCAUCAGGGGAGUCCCCAUUCUCUGCCUCGGGGCUCUUAGGCCGAACCUAUACGCUGCGCCAAAAGGCCAUGAAAGAACGAGAGGACCGCGAAAAGCGCGAGGCCGAAGUCCUCUUCCAGCAUGGGCUGAUCGGCUCCAACACCGCUACCGCUACUAGUGCACCUCGCCAGCGGUCACAGCCAGGGAGUCGAACGAACAGCAUAACCUCCGCGCAGGCCCAGUCUCAGCACACUGAUUCGGAGUCCUUGUUAAGACGAUCACAAUCUGUCAAGCAAGGAGGUCAGAAACCCAAGCCUCUCGUCGAUCUCACCCCUGUCUAUCAGGAGCCUCCACAACAUGCCCGCAAAGGAAGAGGAGUCGCUGUUGACACGGGCGGUCCUCUGAUAGACGCCGCCACGGGUCCAAGUAAUGAACUGGCAGGCGGCAUCGUGAUCCCUCCAGCAAAGACAUGGCGCCGACCAACUUUAACUGGAAAUGGCCCUGGUGUCCCGAGUCCACCGCAAGAACCACAAUCCAGCACUGAGGCGCAAGCGCGGACUCGCAACCGCUCAAACACAGCGCGCAGCCAUCGGCACGGUCAUUACAAUGCUGCAACUACAACCCCAGUUACUCCUACUUCACCACCCGACCUUGGCAGCCCCCAAGAUCAAGUGUCAGCCUUCGCCCCAAAUAGCCUUCUUGCGCGUACAGGAUUAGCAAGUACAGGAGUGCCGGUCGGGCACGGCGUGGCGACGGGAGACCGUAACGCUACGAAACCCAUGCUAGACGUCUCGCCGCAGAGUCCGUUCGCGGAAGGGAGUCUAUUGCGCGGGUUGUAG